AAAGUUUCGGGAAUACAAACUUUCUUCUGGGUGUGUCAAUAAACUCCUGGGUUGUAUGGUGAAAGGGAACACAACAGAUCCUGAAGAAAUGGAAGACCACAGUAGCCGAGAACACCAUCUGGUAUCACAUGGUCAAGCGGAAGUGCUCUUUCUAACCAAACACGAUUUUCUACGUCUGCAGCACACGACACCUGGUACUGAGAUACCUGUGGACUUUCUCAA